ACCCGAGUGGCGGCGGCCGUCGCCCAGGAGGCCAUCUGCACCAUCAUGUCCUCAUCGGCUGACCACGACUUCGAGCUCAGCCUCCAGUCGUACGCCUCGAACAAUAAUGGGCUUCAGCUGAAGGGCGAGCCGACCGCCAACUCAGACAAAAGCGCCGCCAAUGCCCUGAAGUCGAGCCACAAAUCAAUGUAUGAUUCAUAUCAGGUGUGGGCUCUCAAGACAUACGGCGAUUCUGCGAAGACAAAGACGGUCACCAAAAAGAAGUACAACAGAAUCCUGAAGAUUCUGAAGGGAGAGGAGGGCACUAACGUCGAGAACUCCAAGUUUCGCUUUUGGGUGAAAGCCAAGGGCUUCCGACUCGGACCCCAGAAUCUGGCGGCACUGGAGCUCAAGAGUAUAGCCGAACAGGUGUUAUACGUUCCCUGCUCUAAGUCUACACAAGGAUCAGAACGAGACGAGACCAUCUAUAAGAAAGUAGCAGUGGUGGAGAACUUCUUUGACAUCAUAUAUAAUGUUCACGUGGAAAUGGAUGGCAGAUCAGGUCGACACGCAGGACAGAAAAGGACGUAUAAAGCUAAUCUCUUCGAUAGAGCAACGAAAGCUUUAGCAAUGUCCGCUGUCUUAGCGGUGGCAGAGAUGUACGCAUUCCUACCGCGAGAAGCAGUGACUCGUUUUCUGAUGUCCUGUUCCGACUGCCAGAAGCGAAUGCAUUUGCAGGGAACCAAUGGCUGCACUAAUGCUAUCACUGGUAGCGCCGGCAGUAAAACUGGCCCUAAAAGUUCUGUGCGAAAGAGUCUCCUUCACGAGCAUAGAGUUGAUGGUCAGCCAAAGACAGCACUCGAUAUCGACUACUCAUUGCCGUUAACGACGACAAUAAAGCGUAUGAGAAAUGCGGGCUUUGUUUAUAAUGUUAUGGGAGACUCACUCAUUGCGCCGACAGCACCAUGUCUUGGCUUUGAUGGCCAAGAGGUUGAUGAUUGCCCGCACAGGCAGUUCUGUCAGUUCCCAAUUCCACACAUUAGAGACAUUGAGUUCUUAGUACAACCAUUAGAGACGUUGAGUGGAGGUUCCAAAGUGAUGGCCUCUACUUUAGUCUUAGAAAUGAUAUCGGAGACAGAGACCGGCGCAUCUGAUGCUGACAUUAGUGCACACAAUGGGGAUCAGACCACUGCUGCAAACAGUGACGACGCUGUCUGUGAAGAAAUCACUGGCGAUGACGAUGACGACGAUGAAGAAGAAGAAGUACUCGACGAGACCGACUUCGACGAGGAGGCCGUUCCCCUCGACAUGAGUCGUGUCAAGUGUGAGACCGCUAUUUGUUUCGAUCAGCCCUUGAAUAUGUGCUCCAAGAGAGCCAAACUCAGCGCUUCCAAGAUUGUCACCAAUGGUGGAGACAAUGGAAGUGUGGGCUCUAAGAAGAGUCACUCGAUUCAUGGCAGCCAUGGCUUCUCAGAGCACUGGAAUCAUAACGGAAAGCGAGUCAUACAUGAAGAUGAGGAAGAAGAUGAUGACGAGGAUAAUGAUCUACAACUUGGAGACAGACUGUUGGCAGAGCAGAGUAGUGGCGCAUACGAUCCCGAGAGGCUCAAGGCUUUCAAUAUGUUUGUCAGACUAUUCGUCGACGAAAAUCUCGACCGAAUGGUUCCCAUCUCUCGUCAGCCAAAGGAGAAAAUACAGGCCAUAAUCGAGAGCUGCGGCCGACAGUUCCCGGAGUUCAGCGAAAGGGCCCGAAAGCGGAUCCGCACUUAUCUCAAGUCCUGUCGACGUACUAAACGCCAUAAAACGACAGCGCCGGGCAUGCCUUCAGGCAAUGAGAACGGCAGGGCUUGGAGUGAAUCAUCCCCACCGACCACUGGCAAGAGCGGGCCGUCAUCUCAUGUGUCAUACCAUCUCACGUCGCCAAUGGCUGAACAAAUCCUGGCGACAGCCUGUGAUAAUGAAUGCCAAAACGCCAAAAGGAUGCGAAUGGGACUCAAACCUAUUUCUGUGAGCUUAAACGAAGUGUCGAACAGCGGAAACCCUCCGCCUGUCCACAGUUGCACCGCCACCUCCACGUCCGCCAGCGCUGUGCAAGUGUUUCAACAAAGCGCGACAACUAAUCCUAAUUUAUUGUCUUUUCCAUAUCAACAAUCCAUUGCUUCAGAAAACGGCACAGGCAGUACAAGUCUGGUGAAUGGGAACACUGGGAAUGUGUCAGCCAAUGGUAAGACAGCCCCCAAUGGGAACCAUUACUCGUUAAACCCGAGCGAAGUGGCGGCAGUGAAGCAACUCAUCGCCGGAUACCGGGAGUCGGCGGCCUUUCUCUUGCGAUCGGCCGAUGAAUUAGAGCAGCUUAUACUCCAACAAAACUAAUCAAGCUAAACAAACUAGAAUUUAUAUUCAAGUUUUCAUUAUGGAUCAAAUCAAAAUUUUCACAAUUAUAUACAAACACCUAUAUUUCAAUCUAUUACAUACGCUAUUUGAGAUAAACUUAUUUUAAUGUGCAUAU